UGCUGCUCAGCAACACUUUCAGUUAACACGGCUGUGUGCCUACUUUGAACUUCACCAGCUAACACACCCUUACCAGAUGGGUGAAGGCAUAAAGAAGUCACCUUUGACUGUGUGAGCCAGAGGUUCAGAGCAGGAUGAACAGCUUAUCACUUCUGAGCAGAGGGAGCGGACACAUUGUUAACAGUGGACAGAAAAAGUUGGGCGUAUUUCUGGACUCUGAGGACUAUAUGAACUUGGACAGAAGACUGCAAGACUCUAGGAAAUUGGUUUUGCCUCCACUUUGUCAUCAAGAUGCCAUUCCCAAAACUAUGUCACAGACCUUUCCUGUUUCUAAGACAUAUACCACAAAGAAAGGUGCACUUGUGCUUUAUUCAGAGGAGCUGCCCUUGACAGUUAAGAAAAGGAAACAAUUCAAAACUAGCUCUUCCAGCCUGAAACUCAUCAAUCAACAGCAAACCCUGAACAAUCUAACAAGAGCUAUUCUGAUUUACACAAGCCAUCAGCGUUCUCAGUUGCUGACAGUAAAAUCUAGAAGCAAAGGAUACACAUUUCAGUCUUCAUAUUCCGGAAAGCCCUACCUGUCUAGCUGGUCUGUGAACUGGGACACAGACUCCUCAAAAAAAGUGGAAGAUGCAGGGUCUUUCAAAACAAUUCAGUUUCAACCAGAGAGUGGAGAGAAAACAUAUGGCAAUGAAGACAAAGGACUUUUACAUAUAAACAGAGCACGCAAACUGGCUCCCCCUGCUCUGGCCAUUGCUGCCAGCCCACUGGAUCUCCUUGAUGAAGAGCCAGCCCCUGCCAGGCACAAUUCCCUCGCCCAGACACCCAGGGCUGCCGAUUUUGCUGUCGUGGGCCCUCCUGAGGGAAUUCCAAAUAGAAGACGCCAUUGCGGGAAUUCCGGCGCUGGGACCAAGCGCAGAUGCUUCCGCUGCGGUCAGACCGGUCAUCUGGCUAGUAAAUGUCACUUCUCCCCUGCUCAGUCUAUGGAAGUCGACUUGUCUCAGAAUGCUGGAGUUGAGAGCAGAAGUGUCAGAAGAGCUGCAGUUAAAAGAUCAAUGAACAGACACAUACCCCAGGAGGCUGGCAUUUAUGCCCAGCUUGUGAACACAGACGAUAACAAGUCUUUUGCCUCUUUCUAUGGUGGUUCAUUCCAAGGAAAUAGAAAAGCAGACUCUUUGAGACUUCCACCUCUGAAGACCUGUCAAGAACCCCUCUCUAAUUCUCCAACCACUGCGCCUGUCAACAAGGAUACAUGCUACAAAGACGAUAAGAAGAAGCCAGAUGAUGGUCAAAUCAAAAACAAGUCAGAAGGUCAAUUGCAUGGUGAACAAAGACAUAAGAAGGGGAAUUGUCAAAGUGAACUCAUGCCUGAACUAAAAAUUGAAAGCUGUUUCUCGAAAGGAGAUGGCCUUCACGUCCCAGAACAAAUGUUCGUAAGCCUUCAUCGAAACAAGCACUGGAAUCGUGGUGUUUUCAGACAAACCAUGGAUAUCAAAAGAAAUUCAUCUUUCAAGGAACUGUCAUCUUCCCAGUCCUUGGAGCUCCAGGAGCAGUGGUCUGCAUUACGUGAACUGAUACUGCACCAUCAGGGUAGUGCAUCGCUAUCAGAAGAGAAACGACAGCAGGCUAUAAAACAUCUCACGAAGACAAAUAUGUCCUUGGAAACUCUAGUGUCACUCAUACAAGCAGGGGACCUUGCAGCUGGGAGUAACCAGAAGUCUGUAGCAUCAUAUGCACCCCAGAAGGAAAAAUGGAUUUCCCCAGGAGCCAAGUUAACCCAGGAAGUUCAGAAAACAGGAGAUGAAACGGAGAUUUCAGAACGAAAGGUGGAUGUCAUCACUUUGAGCCAGCUAACAGAUAAACUAUUGACUGAGAGUUCUGAAAACAAAGGAGAAAUCAGCACACAAUCCAUGGAGCUACUUAGCUUUAAAGAUAAAGAUAAUGAAAGCUCAACUUGCCACCAUCACCUGAAGAUUGACUUGAAUAUACUGACUCAACUUUUGGCUGAGACACAAUUACAAGACAAAGAAGAGGUGACAGACCUUGCUACCAAUAUAGAAAAAGAGGGCAAUUCUUCUGAAUAUCAAGGAAUAGAAAAAUCUGAAGACUUCCGAUUCACUGCUCCUAGCAAGAAUGUUGGAUCAAAAGCAGCACAUUCCAAAUCUGAUCAGAAAAGCCAGUCCAACCAAUGGCUCCAGGAUGCUGCAUCACAGAUGGUCUUUGCUGAUAAAGAGCAGUCUUUUGGGAGAGGUAUAGGAAGGCCUUCAGAUCUGCUUCAGAAUGAUCAGAAUCUAUUCCAGGCUUUCAGCUCUGUGACAGGUGGCCAAGUAAACCCUCUCCAGCAGGUGCCAGUUGAAGAGCUGAAUGAGGAAGCAUUUCUACAGCAGUUAAUCCAAAGCAUUAACAAUAAGGAAAAGAAAGACAAUCAAAAGAAACUUAAUAAAAGCUCAACUGCUGCAAUCACUGGAAUGAAUUCGAAGACAAAGAAAAAAGCAUUUGUUGUUGGUAAGCCUAGAGCAAAAAAGCCAAAUAUUCCUUUUCAAAAAGCCCUAGAGGAUGUACUUCCCGCUGAUGUGGAGACAGACAAACAGGAGAAGACUGUGAACCUCCCUGAAUUUCCAGCUGAGCCCCUGCAGGAACAAAAAAAAUUAAACUCUUCUCAAUCAUCUUUGUCUGCAGAAGACAGCCAGAAGCAUCUCAGAGAGGAUGACAAUACAGAGAAUAGUGAAGAAAAUCAGAAGCAGGCCAUUGAAAACCGGGACCUGAAGCGAGUACAGCAGGCAGAGUGGCGCCGCCUAGAAGUAGAGAGGAAACGCAAAGAGAAGGAGCAGCAGAGAAGAAGAGAACAAGAAGAAAAGGAGCAGGAGGCAAGAAUGGUGCAGGAACUGAAUGAGCAAGUAGCAAAAAGACUAGCAGAACUUAGAGAGAAGAAACAAAAGGAAGAAGAGGAGCGACUGCAGAAGGAGAAGGAGCUGGAAGCACUUCAUCAGGAGGAAAAAAGGCAACGGGAGCGAGAAAAACAAAUAAUGGAGGAGCAGAAUAGGAAAUUACAAGAGAUCCAGCGAAAGAUUUGGGAAGCCAACCAACUGAGAGAAGCUGAGGCCGCAAGGAAAAGGAUGGAAGAAGAGAAAAAAUUCUUAGAGGAGCAGGCUUACCUAGCAGCCAUGGCAGAGCAAGAGCGGGAUCAAUACCUGCGAAAAAAACGAGAAGAAGAUGAAAGGAGAAGGAAGGAACAGGAGGAGAAGCAGAGGCAGGAACAAGAAGCAGCCAAGAUUCGAAUGGAGGCAGCACGAAAAGAGGCGGAACGCAUCAUCAGAGAGCAAUGGGAAACUGAAAGACGUCUUCAUUUCCACAAUGACCUUUUAUGUGAAGCUACCGGUCUGGAACAGAGUCAGGAAGUUAAUCGUCCAUGGAUCUGCGCUUAUUAUGAUGCCGUAAAGACCUCUGAACUGAGUAAUUACUAAUAAAGUCUAAGAACAAUCGUUAUCUAUUAAACAUCAAUAAUCGGAAUCAUUUUUAAUUUCUCUCUCUGAUUUCUUAACUGACAGGUUUUAUGAUAAAUUACCGGCUGAUUUUGUCUGUUUCUUAGUAGAAGGAUCUCCUGUGAAGUUUAUUUUUAUACACUUAUUAAGACGUUACUUCUGAAAGGCACUUCACUGAGCACUUGAGAACAAUUAGUUACCCUCUGAGGUGCAGAUCUUUUUUUUUCUGUUUUGAAUAUGAAUGCUGACAAGAAAAAUGUAAAGUUUAAUAACACUUAAAAUCAAGACACAAAGAUUAAGACAAGCUCAAAGUCUGGCAGCAAAGUAAAGUACAGACUGCAUUAGCACAAGGAACUUAGAAACUCCAAGGAACUUCUAUGUCAUUUUUUUUCUUUACUCUUUCCUUACUAUAUUUAGUUUUGUGAGGGCCGGAUCAAAGAAUAAGUGACCAUGACCUGAUGGCAGAGAAGCCCAUGACAGUUAGAUCCUGAAAGUUAUGCUUAGUAUAAUCCAUUUCAUGGUUUGGAUUACAUUAAAGGGUUUUUGUGCACUGAAAUUCUGUAAAUAAAAAUAAGACAGAAUACUGUGUGAGAUUCAGUUUAAGAAAAUUGAGAUAAAGAGGUGACGUGAUUGAAUUGUUUAAAAUUAUAAAGGGAAUUAGCACAGUAGAACCUGGCUGUUACUUUAAAAUCCGUUCACCAAGAACAAGGAGGACACAAAUGGAAGAUGGUCAAUGGUAGAUUUCACACAAAUGUUAAAAUGUUUUUCUUCAUAUAGAUAACCAUAGACACAAGUAGUGUGGUAGAGAGUUAUUUUGAAGAAAUUAGGUGAACAGAGCUGGCAAGCUUGCUUGGGCUGAAAGGCCUGUUCUAGUCAAGAUUGAUCCAAAGUAUAAUCUCCACAUCCAACUAAAAUAUGUGUGCAUAUAUAGUAUACAGUAGAAAUAGUAGACAUAAAUGAGAAUUUCUUCUUGGCUGCAGUAUUUUCAAACAACCUCGGGAAAAUGUUUUUUAGUACUAGAUCAAUCUCAAGGCAGCAAGGCCCCAAAACAUGAACUUCACUGAAACGUUAAUUAAAGUUAAUCUAAUCGUGUAAAAAUUUGAGAAAACCAAAAUAAUAUUUUUCAUUUCAAGUCAGAAAACUCUGCCUCAGUGCUGGUGUACGGUGAUUGUAGGGGAGCACAGAUGGUAGCAAGUCUGUCUGCAGUUCGGCAGCCUCGUGAUUCAGCACUGCAAAAAAUGCAUAUACAAAAACUAAACAAAAUCAUAAACACUUUAAAUUGGGAGUUGUUCGCUUUUAUUUAGCAAAAAUAUCUGCCAAUGGAGUAAACAAAAUUUAUUUGACAAGAUUUCUUAAAGUAAGUUAA